CUCCCCCACCUCGCUCUGUCCGGACUGUCAGAAGAACAGGAAGACUCCUCUACCCCCCCGCUAUAGACCCGAGCUUUCUCUGCUGUCACUCAGGGGUUAAAAAAGUUUACUAAACUCGUAAGAAUCAUGGAAACUAAUUUGAGAGGAUACGCAGGUCAUAGUCAUCCGUAACACCAACUCGCCCACCGUGUUGUCGCCGAAAACUGCAUGUGGAAGUGGGGACGGCGAACUUCUUUUCUCUUCUCGGGACUACACAAACUAUAGCCUGACAAGUUAGCCUAGCUGAGCUAACCUUAGCACACAGUUGGUAUCGUUUACUUUUCGGACUUGUAACCUAAUUCACAUGGAUAAAGCUUCGUUUUUUGUGACUCGCGGGUAGUAGAAGACAAAAGUCCAAAUGGGCAUUUUCCUUAAAAGCAACAGGUCGGUUUUGAACUUUUCGUCGUGAGGACCUACGUCUUGUGCUUUGAAUUUCCCUCCUUCAGUCAUAACAGACAGGCGAGCUUAGCGAGGGUUUCGCUCCCUGUUUGGCUCUCUACCAAAUCAUUAGCAACACUGUGCUAAUUGUGGCUAGUUAGCCACAGCAGUAGCGCAGGCCCAAGGGAAUUAACUGUUGUUACUUUCGCAAGCUAAAGGAAACGCCUGUCCGAGUACUGCAGCUUUUGUUUUACCGGGGACUUUUACCGCCACACAGGUUUAGUUUGACACGCUGCUCGAGGAAAACGGAUUAGUUUACAACUAUGGAUCCCCACACAGGGAACUCUGCUUCAGCUGCUGGUCCAAAGAAGGACAAGAAAGCGAAGAAGAACUAUGAGGAUGGAGAUGGGAAAAAGAAAUUUAAACUCAAACGGCUGAUUCCUGAAGAGUUGGAGCGUUUCACCAGCAUGAGGAUGAAGAAGGACAAGGAGAAGCCCGGCCAUAUGCAGGGUCAGCGCCACUCCUCAGCUGCCAGCUAUGAGAUCAGUGGACAGAGUGCGAUGCUGCCCGACCACUCUGAUGAAUACGUCCUGGAACUCUUCGAACAGAUGCUGGUGGAUAUGAACCUGAAUGGGGAGAAGCAGCAGCCUCUGAGGGAAAAGGACAUCAUGAUCAAACGAGAGAUGGUGUCUCAGUACCUCCACACGUCAAAGGCUGGCCAAGACCAGAAGGAGAGCUCCAAAUCAGCCAUGAUGUACAUCCAGGAGUUGAGGUCAGACUACAGAGACACACAGCUGCUGAGCUGUCUGGAAUCUCUGCGUGUCUCUCUAAACAACAACCCUGUCAGUUGGGUGCAGAACUUUGGAGAUGAGGGGCUGGCCCUGCUGCUCAAUCGGCUUAGAAGACUACAGGAGGACAAAGACGAGUACCCAAUGAUGGGAGUAAAAUGUCAACACGAGAUCAUUCGCUGCCUAAAAGCCUUUAUGAACAACAAGUAUGGUCUAAAAUCCAUGCUGGAGUGCGAUGAGGGAAUUCCUCUGCUGGUCAGAGCCAUUAACCCAAGGCUGCCCCAUAUGAUGGUGGAUGCUGUCAAGCUGCUCUCUGCCAUCUCAAUUCUGGAACAUCCAGAGAACCUUCAUGAGCGUGUUUUGGAGGCCAUAACAGAGGAGGCAGAGAAACGAGAGAUUGAGAGGUUUCAGCCUCUCCUUACUGGCAUGAACAAUCACAACAUUGCUCUUAAGGGUGGCUGCAUGCAGCUGAUCAAUGCCUUGAUAAGCCGGGGAGAGGAGUUGGAUUUCAGGAUCCAUAUUCGUUCUGAACUACUAAGAUUGGGACUCAGGGACCAGCUGAGGGAGGUGCGAAUCAUAGAAAACGAAGAGCUGAGGGUGCAACUCACGGUGUUUGAUGAGCAGGCUGAAGAUGACUCUGAGGACCUCAAAGCGCGUCUUGAUGACAUCCGGAUUGAAAUGGAUGAUGUGAGGGAAGUGUUUGACAUCUUAGCCAACACCGUGAAGGAUUCGAAGGCCGAGAGCCACUUCCUGUCUGUGAUGCAGCACCUGCUCCUGAUCCGGAAUGAUUAUUUCGCCAGGCCUCAGUACUACAAACUGAUAGACGAGUGCAUUGCUCAGAUUGUGCUUCACAGGAAUGGAGCAGACCCUGACUUCAAGUGCCGUAACCUCAGCCUCAACAUUGAAGGCUUGAUAGACAACAUGGUGGACCAGACUAAGGUGGAAACAAGCCAGGCGAAGGCAAACGAGCUGGAGAAAAAGUUGGAUGCAGAGCUGACAGCACGCCACGAGUUGCAGGUGGAGCUAAAGAAACUGGAGGGUGACUAUGAGCACAAGCUGCAGGACAUGAGCCACGAGAAGGAACAGCUGUCAACUUCUAAGCUGGAACGAGAAAAGGAGAACCAGGGACUACAACAACAGCUAAGCACUCUGCAACAGCAGAUUGAAAAGCUUUCUAAAGAUCUGGAAGAGGCCAAGACUAAAGUUGUUACAGUCACUGUCCCUGUGCCUGUGCCUGUGCCAUCUGGUUUGCCCCCUCCACCCCCUGCCCCUCCUCUCCCUGGUCAGAAUGCUGGUAUGCCACCUCCACCUCCACCCCCUCCCCUCCCAGGCCAGACGGGCAUGCCUAUCCCCCCACCCGCUCCUCCUUUACCGGGUCAUGCCUGUAUUCCUCCACCUCCUCCUCCACCUCCUUUGCCAGGUAUGCCAGGACCUCCACCUCCGCCACCCCUACCUGGCAUGCCAAUACCGCCACCGCCUCCACCCUUACCUGGAAUGGGACCUCCACCACCACCGCCUCUACCUGGGGCUCCUGGUAUUCCUCCGCCGCCGCCAUGCCCAGGCAUGCCUCCACCCCCACCAUUUGGCAUGGGGGGCUGGGGUGCCCCUGCUCCACCUCCACUGCCUUUCGGGCUCCAGGCUAAGAAGGAGUACAAGCCAGAGGUCCAGCUGAAGAGAGCCAACUGGAGAAGGAUCGGACCUGAGGACCUCUCAGAGAACAGUUUCUGGACCAAGGCAAAAGAGGACAAAUUUGAAAGCAAUGAGCUUUUUGCCAAACUCACAUUGACCUUCUCCUCUCAGACUAAGACCUCAAAAGAGACGGCACACUUGCUACUGGGGUGA